AUGCUUCAAUUUAUGGUUAAUCUCUCAUCUGAUUUGUUUUCUAGUUUCCUGGUGGAAUUUCUCUUCAAGCGAACCAUGGAUACGACGGCUGUCAGCGGACCUUCUGUCCAAUUCAAACAGAACGACACACCACAUCCUGAGCAUCUUACAGCAGAACUAUUCAAAAAGCAUAAGAAGCUGCUCCAAAAGAAAGUAGCUUUUGUGGAAGAGGAAAGAAAUCUGUGGGAACAUUCAAAAGCAAUUCUUGCUCAAAAUAUCGAUGAUGAAGAAAAUUUGAAGCAGUCACGUCAAGCGUGCAAAGAAAUUUCAAAACAACUUCAUCGCAAUGCCAAAAAUCUUCAGUUGGUUGAAAUGCGUUUUCGGACUGUUUCAGAGCUCAUCAAGACAACCAUGGAUACAGUGCAGGUGACGAGCAAUGUCAAUAACUUCAACGUCGAGACUCUCACAUCCCGCUUUCAGGCUCUCAAAAUUCGCGCUGAAAACGAUUGGAAAUCUUUGCAGGAAAAAUUAGAGCGAAUCGCGGGAAUUGAUAAUGCUUUAUUUGAACUGCAAAGUAGCCUAAAUCAUUUAUUACGUCAUAGAAGCCUGGAAGAACGAACGCAACGUCUGCGAAAGAUGCGAGAUGAUAUAGAACAACUGUUGAGAAUGGAACAGGAGGAGUUGCUAAAUCAUGUUACGCUUUUGAAAUCGAAUCUUGAAAUCAAAAAUUCCGCAAACAAGAAACUUAAACAACAGUCUCGUGAGGUGGAAGCGGAGUUGGAGAACAUAUUAUCGACUGAUAUCGAAAAUUUGGAUGGAAUUAUGAUAGAGGAGAAAGAGCUACAACAACAACUUCACCAAUGUUCUCAAGAAUGUGAUGAAGCUGUUAUUGAAUUAUCGAAAUUGAAUGAAGAAAAUGGAAAAAUUGUGAAUAAAGAACGGUUGCUUGAUGAAAAAAUUAUCGUCUUGAAAACAGAAUUGGAGAAUCUAACAACACUUAAGAGAGAUGAUCCUGAAAUUAUUUCUUUGCGGUAUAAAAGUAUUCGGGAAAAUCUACAGGUAAAAAUAAAUGAAAAAGUCAGUACUUUGCAAGACGAAGCCAAACAAGUGCAAACAGAAUUAAGCAGUGGAGAAAAUGAAUAUGCUUCUUUAAUGAUAUUUCUUGGUGAUGAGCAGCACGACUGGUCAAAGGAGAUUGAAGCUGCCAUUGUCACAGGACGACAUUUGGAAGAAAUGAUAACCACAGAAAGACAAGCAUCUGCUGCUCUUCGCAACAAGAGGAUGGAACUUGAUAUCGAAUGCAACCGAUUAGAAAUGGAAACCAAUGCUCUUCGUGAAAGCAAUAAGUCAGAAAUGAUGCAGUAUGAAAUUGAAAUUAACAACCUUCAGAAGUAUCUCGGGAAACUAAUUGCCAAGGAGAAAGAGGAAAAGAAACGUUAUGAAAUGAUUCGUAGUCAAGCAGCAACUAUUCGUUCUGAAAAACAUGCAUAUUCACAGGAUGGCGAAGCGAAAGUUCACUCCCUUUGGUACAGUGAAGUUUGUAACCCGGACACUACUAACUUUGGAGAGCCAUCAUCAGAUGAUUUUAAUCGAGAUGCGGUUUCGCGGCUUACUACAACUGAUAAUAUGACAAGCGUAUUGUUUGAUAAAGCAAGUUUUGGAGGUGGAGUGUUGAUGAGGAAAGUUGGAGAUGAAUUUGCUGUAGAUUCGGAGGGAACGGGAAAAAUCCCAAGUGAUAUUCAUAUUAGUAGAAUGGAUAAGGCUGAUUCAAGUGCUGUUAAAGUAGUUAAAGCGGAUGCAAAUUUAGGAGAGUACUACCCGCUACCACCAUCUGCCUUUGGAAGCCCGCUGUCAGGAAAUGACUCGCGAGAGGUUACAACAGAUUGCGGUUCUGAGUUUGAUCAAAGUAUCUGGUCAGAUUUUUCAUCAGUGGUGAAGUAA